AAGAUGCUCGUGCAUAUUAUUUAUGGCACUCUAACCUUACAUAUCUUAUUUAGUGAGUUUUUUGAAAUCAACCUAUAAUCACAAAUCUUUAAUGCUCUGCUUCUAUUUACAAUUGGAGUUUAGAUUUAUAGAUUUGCGUUGUAAUGGGUUUUACAAAACAAAGAAUAGGUAAUCUUAAUUUAAUCAAAAAGGCUGAUUAAGUAUUCUCAAGUAAAAUGAAGCAAUUAACAGAGUUGGCCAGCCUUCCAGAAAAAUUGAUAAGGAAUUACAUAAUGCCAAUCUUAAUUGAUGCUAUUACUUUGAAAAACAUAGUAUUUUUCAAAUUUAAAAUUCUAGCCUCAUACAAUUGCCUUCUUCAUUGCAUUACAAUUAGGCAUUUCCUACAUAUCAAUAUUUUUAACUAAUAGAGCUGUUCGAAUUAUCUCUGUGAAUGGAUUAUACGCAUUGUAUUAUCAUUAUAAUAAGAAUUAAUAACUCUAUGAAACUAUCAUACAAAGAACUUAAAAGUUAGGUAAUGAUAAAUGGCAAAUAAUAACUCAGAAACUAUAAAAGUAAUAGGUGUGAAC